GUACGGUUGCUCCUGAUUCCCUUCUGAUUGUGUUUCUACAACUUUGUAACAACCUCAUUUCUUCAUAUCUCACCGAUUUUCAUCUUUAAUCAAUGCAAGACUUUACUGGAUGCAAGCCUCGAGGGUUCCAUAUGGUUUGGGGAACAUAAACAAAACAGAAAAUGAGUCGUCGUGCUAGUUUGUUCGCCAAGCAAAAUCCAGAAAAAGCAAGACCAAAAGUUCGAUUUCCGGACGAACUAGUGUUUUUGGACAAUAUCAAAGAGAACGACAUCCCAGCUUUAAGUGGAAUGUUACGGAGGGCCAGUCUUCAGGUGGACAUCAGUGGUAUUAACGAUGCAGGUUUAACUCCCCUCCAUCAAGCUGCUCUAGAUGGAAACUUCAUGGCUGUCAGACUACUGAUAGAACACGGAGCCGACAUUAACAAGCAGGAUGCUGACUCCUGGACACCUCUCCACGCUGCAUGCGCAGAGGGUCACUCUCAUAUCAUACGAUUGCUUCUACAGCACGGUGCGGACAGAAAUAUCUUAACGGAAGAUAACGAGCGUCCCUUAGAUUUGGUAGAACCUACAGAUUUCGAAGCAGUGAGCGCCAUAUUGUCCCCCCUAGAGAAUCAGGACCAACCCUGUGAUGCAAACAGCGACGAGGAAUCGGACGACGAAGAAAAGGGUCCUCAGCGUUAGACGAUUUUUUCAUGACUUUAGACUGUUUCAUGUUACAAUUAUCAUUUUUCUAUCGUAGAAAUACACUUUGCUGAACAUUUCUUACAAUGAAAUAAAGAGAGCAGCUAUUAUAUUAUACAAAGUGUAUUUAUUAAAAGGUAAAGAAAAAGAA